AUUUCAUUUCCCAUAAUUUUGGUAAAAUGCUAACUUGCAGUAUACAUGAUCAACUUUUCUUUGUGUGAGUGAAAAUAAUCAUAUCGAUCGAUUGAUUUAAAUUUGACGGAAAUCAAAAGAAAAAUUAUAUUUCAUCAGCGAAGUGCACAGUGAUCGGUGCUCGACGUCUUCCCUCUCCAUUACCUACCAGUUACGAGAAAAAAUGUCUGACGGUGAGGGAUUUUAUUCUUCCGAGGAAGAACUGCCACGGCGUCGUCCCGUGAAGCCUGCAGCGCUGAGCGCCGCGCCGAGCACGUCUACUGCUCCCGCCCCAACUCCAUCCGGCUCAAGGAAGCGGAAGACUAAAGCUUCCGAAUCCGCUUCCGAAAGUAGAGCAGCAAUCAAUAAGGGCAAACAAAAAAUUGACCUGGCGACAUACAAUCGUCGCAAAGCAACUGUGGCGGCGCUGUUCGGUGGGUCGGAUGACGAGGCGGAGGCUGCAGCGGCACUGAACAACCCGAUUCAAGAGCUGGAGAGCAGCUUAACCCGAAAAGUUGGGGAUGGGUCGUUGCGGCGAACCGCAAAAUUAGACGGAAGCCUGUUCUGCGAACUUCGUGUUUACGAAGUUCGCGAUAUUAAAAACAUAUCCCCACGGGACCGGUGGACCAAAGCGUACACCAGUCUUAAGUAUCAAUUCGAUUAUGAUAGUCCGGAAUGGACUAACAUAAUUGAUUUCAUUCGGGUUGCGAAGACCCGAUUUACACAGGAGCCAAUAUACUAUCCGAAUAAGAAGUAAAUCUUAGUUGGAUAGUAUAUGUUUCAGAAAAUCGAAUUAAAGUUAAUCGUCUUUAAAAAUAAAAACUACAAAAUAUGUUUAAAUUAUUAAAUAUUGUUCGUUGCUAAUUUAUUUAAUUUAAAUAUUAAUUAAAUUUUACCUUACAUAUUUUACAGAUACCUAAUAUUUUUUAUCGAUGAUUAACUUUAUUUAGGCUUUCUGAAACCGGCUCCUAACUAGGUUAUAGCGGUAUACCAAAUACCUUAUUUUUAACUACUUUAUCUUACUGAAAAUAUAUAAUAAAAUAUAAUAUAACUUAAUAAGUAAAGUGUUAAUUAUUUACUUAUUCAACAAUGGUUAACCCCAGUAAAAAUAUUUUCUGCUCAGUGUGCGAACAAUUAGUAAAAAGUAAAGCCUUUUCAGCUCACUUAAAAAGCAUAGCUCAUAAAAAUAAUACCCGAGUUGAAGCGGAGGAGUGUAUAGAAAAAAUUAAUUCAGCAUUUCGUUCACGAAUUGCUUCGUAUCGAGUGUACGAUUCCCGCAGAACCAAACAUCCCGCCCCCGUGCCCGCAGCUCGCCCCGGGCGUGCGCAAGCGCAGGUGUGUGCUCCUGAAAGCCACCCUGUAAUGCCGGCACCGUUUUUGCGUGUCAUCGCUGGUAAAGUUCAGCGACUAUUGAAUGCGGCUCUUGCUACGCAUCAAAGUGUUAAAAUUAACUUUGAACUAUUUGCAAAUUUUUAUCUACCUAAAAAUGAUACUUCCGAGGUUAAGUCUUUUGCCACUGAAAAUAGGUGCAUCCACAGCAAUUAUGAUUUCAAAACUAUAUUCAAUGAGAUGUGCGACGUAAUUCUAAAAAAAGUUGACGAGUUCCAGGAACGCGAUAGUGGGUGGUCAUUGCUUGAUACACUUUAUUUAGAGGUAAAUAUUAAUAAAUAUAUUCCUCUUCGUGCGUCUGGCUUUAUUGAUCUACCAAAAAGCAUAAAAAGUAAGAAAGCUUGCAUCAAUGUGAACAAUAAUGAUAGUUUUUGUUUUCUUUGGUGCAUAAUGGCAGCUCUUUUUCCGGCGAAAUGUAACGCAAACCGAACAAAAUCAUAUCCACAUUUUUGUACCGUUCUAAAUACGCAUGGAAUGACAUUUCCAGUCAGCUUUACCGACAUAAAAUUAUUUGAAAAAAAUAAUAAAAUUAGUGUCAACGUUUAUGGGUUAAAAAAAUGUAAUGUUGUUGGCCCGCUAUACAAGUCAAGUGCCCGCCAAGCGGUUCACGUAAAUCUUUUAUUGCUUGAAAAUAAGAAUACGUUACAUUAUUGUUUAAUAAAAGAUUUGAAUAAACUCUUACGUUCGCAAUUAACCAAACACCAUGGAAAAGUUUACUUUUGCGAUGAGUGUUUGAUAUGUUUUGAUUCCGAGGAACGAUUGACCUUGCAUAGUUGUGGAGGCGUCGCGACAGUUCUGCCGACUGAAGGCGCAAUACUCGAGUUUAAGCACUACGAACGCUUACAAAAAAUGCCUUUUGUUAUUUAUGCUGAUUUUGAAACUUUGUUGGAGCCGUGUUCAACAAUACCAGAUUCGAAUCAUACACAAAUUACUCACAAGCAUAUACCGAGUGCUUUUUCUUAUUACAUAACUUGUUCAUACGAUAAUAAUUUCAAUAAAUUAAUGUUUUAUCGCGGUAAAGAUUGUGUCGAUAUGUUUAUAAGUUUUCUUCAAAAUGAUAUAACAGAAAUUUAUAAAGUCCUCUCUAGACCUAUAGCACUGGUAAUGACUGACACGGAUCAAUUAAAUUUUGAUACAUCACAUCAAUGCUGUAUAUGUGAGAAACCGUUAGUAGAAGACCGAGUGAGGGAUCACUGUCACUUAACAGGUAAAUACAGAGGAGCAGCGCAUUCGUAUUGUAAUUUGCGCUACAAACUCCCUAAAUUUAUUCCUGUAUUUUUUCACAAUCUGUCUGGGUACGAUAGCCACUUGUUUAUACGACAUUUGGGAUCUAUUCCAGGUAAAAUUAAGGUUAUAGCAAGAAACAAGGAAAACUACAUAUCGUUUACUAAAAUAUUUCAAAUGACAGAUUCAGAAAAUAUUGCUGUGAGAUUUGUUGAUUCCUUUAGCUUUUUGCCUUCUAGUUUGGACAAGCUUUCAAACACUUUAGCUGAUGAACAGUUUAAGCAUUUAAAUCAAAUUUGUAAAAAUAAAUCCGAGUUCAAUCUUCUUAGACGAAAAGGUGUCUAUCCCUACGAUUAUAUGACCACGUGGUCAGCCUAUGAUGAGACAAAACUUCCACCGCAAGAAUUAUUUUUCAAUAAGUUAAACAAUUCAUCGUUAUCAAUCGAUGACUAUAAACAUGCAAAAAAUAUAUGGUGCACAUUUAAUAUAAAUAAUUUAGGAGAAUAUACAGAUUUAUAUGUAAAGACAGACGUGUUGUUAUUAGCAGACGUUUUUGAAAAUUUUCGCACAACAUGUAUAAAAAAUUAUAAGUUAGAUCCGGCUUUUUAUUUGACUUCACCAAGCUAUAGUUUUGACGCUAUGCUUUUAAAAACACGAGUUAAUUUGGAGCUCAUCCAUGACUUAGAAAUUAUUAGGAUGCUUCAAAGUGGUAUUCGUGGUGGUGUGUGUUUGUGUACAACCAGACACGCUAAAGCUAAUAAUAAGUAUCAACAUAGUUAUGACCCAAAACUUCCAUCAAACUUUUUAGUUUACCUUGAUUGUAAUAACCUAUACGGAUAUGCAAUGUGCCAAAGUUUACCUCACUCAGGAUUCAAAAUGUUAAGUAAAUUUGAAAUAGAUGGAUUGAACAUAUUAGAUAUAGCAGAUGAUGCCGCAUAUGGAUAUAUUUUGGAGGUUGAUUUAGAAUAUCCAGAUUAUCUCCAUGACUCUCACAAUGAUUUGCCCUUUUGUGCACAAAAGUUUGCACCACCGGGUUCAGUGUCAAAAAAAUUAAUUCCAAAUUUAUAUGAUAAAUUUCAUUACGUGAUUCAUUACAUACACUUGAAAAAUUGUAUUAAACAUGGUUUAGUACUGAAAAAAAUCCAUAAAGUAAUUAAAUUU